UGUCGCAUACACCUAGCCAGCAAUAAAAUGCGGCGGUCGUCUUUCGCACUCCAAAAGGAACGCAGUUAGUAGCCAUGCCUGCCAUGGAAACGGCUCCGGUAGCUACUUCUUCUUUUUCUUCUUCUCGAAUUCUUGUCCCCCUCAGGUCCUCCGCCGCCGGGGCUAGCAGAAAAUAUGCCCAAUUCCCACAACGUAGCUUCAUCAGUUUCUAUUUGGCUCCAUCAUUUUCCUUCACUUCCCCGACAAAGUGUAAUUCGGCGGUGAAGUAUCUAAAGCCACCCAGUCGGUUCACUGCUUUCAGCAGCUCACCCUUGGCCUCGACUCCUCCAGAGCAAACCCCAUGUCCAGAGCUUGCUGUUCUCCUUGAAGUUGAUGGGGUCCUUAUGGACGCAUAUCGCUUGGGAAAUCGCCAAGCUUUUAAUGCUGCAUUUCGGAAGCUUGGACUUGACUGUGCCAAUUGGACUGAGCCUAUCUACAUGGACCUCUUAAGGAAGAGUACCGGUGAUGAGGAAAGAAUGCUGCUCUUGUAUUUUAAUCGGAUUGGUUGGCCUACUUCUUUGCCAACAAGUGAGAAAGACACGUUCGUGAAAAAUGUUCUACAAGAAAAGAAAAAAGCACUGGAUGACUUUAUGGCAUCUGAAGACUCACCUUUACGACCUGGAGUCGAAGAUUUUAUCGAUGAUGCAUAUGAUGAAGGGGUACCAGUAGCUGUAAUGACGACUUAUGGUAAAAGUGAUGAAAAGGUAGCCAGAUCCGUUAUAAAAAAGCUUGGGGAGGCAAGAAUGUCGAAGAUCAAGAUUGUUGGAAAUGAGGAAAUAGGACGGAGUUUAUACAGCCAACUUGUUCUAGGCCAAGGAGUGUCCUCUGGUUUGGAUGAGCAGCUAGCUAGGCAAGUGCAGAAAGCAGCUUCCGCUGAGAAACAGAGGGUUGCUGAGGAAGUUGCAUCGUUGUUGAAGUUAAAAGUAGAGCUUGGUGCGACUUCAUCUGAGAGGUUAGUAAACCUCUUGCCCCAAGUACAUUGGUUAUAAUACCUCAUUUUACCAUGUGUGGUAUUCUAGCUUUAAAUGAUGCGUCGAGAUCGUGCAGCAUAGAAAAGGUUGUAGUUGCACUGCGUGCAGCGGCAGAGAUUGCUGGUCACCGUGUCCAAGAUUGUGUUCUUGUUAGUGGAAGCCAAUCUGGAGUUGUUGCAGCCAAGCGAAUUGGCAUGCCGUGUAUUGUUUUACGGAGCAGUUCGACAUCGAGAGCUGAGUUCCCUUCAGCAAAUGGGAUACUGGACGGGUUUGGAGGAGCAGAUUUGACGAUAUCGAAAUUACUGAAGAAGCGAUGGUCUGGCUCUCAAAAUUCAUAGACGCAGUUUUGCAACCUUGUACAUAACCGGGGCAGUAUACUUGGUUGUAAUAUCAUCCACUACCGGAAGCAUACUUGGAUCUUGUUGCAGGGUUGCCUAGCCAGGGUACUAUGAAUCACACCUUAAUUGCUGGCUCGCAACUCUUUCCUCUUGAAUGCCGUACUCAAUUUUGUAUAUGCUUGAUUGGCUUCAACGAGAAAACAGUAAUGUAAUGACAAUUUUUUCUUUUGUGGCAGAAACAGAAUCAUAGUCUGUAACAUUCACAACUUCAAUGUGUAACUUCUUCCCUUCUUCUGGAAUGCUCAUAAAGAACAAUACUCAAUUUAUCAUACAAAGGUUCGGAGAUCAUGAUUCCAGACUAUCAAACACACACCAAAGAUUCCUACCUUAUUCGUUCAAAGAUUACAAACAUCCAGGGAAUCCUAAUGCAUCCAGUGACGCACAGAUCGACUUGUCGGCCCGCUCAAAAAAUGAAGCAAACAUCGUAGGAAGUGGAGUUGGACAUCAGGAAUACUCUGCCUCUGCCUUCGAACUCCGCCUGUGCAUCUGGUUUGGACUUGAGUAUUCCAUCCCACUGUCUGAGUAUGAGACAUUGGAGGAGGAUACAGAAGAGUCGGGAAUCACAGUGGAUGUUGGAUUUGAACUGGAACUUUCAUUCUUGAAACUGUGUGAAUCUACUGGAUAUGGUCUUGGAGCUGUAGGUGUUUGCUGCUGCUGCUGCUGCUGCUGCUGGCCUUGACCUUGAGCCUCUUCAGCGAGUCGCUUAAGUAGAUUCAUGAUUGUUGGAAGAAACCUGGACGAUAUAGACAGUAUUCCCGCCACCGGGCCAUGUCGAAACUGCCCAGCAACAUCCAGCUGUACCCACAAGGCCUUUGAGAGUAAGAAUCCAACAAACAGAACCAUUAGGUAAAGGGGGUUCCUGUUCAAUAGAAGCAUGAACUCGUUGAAACCAAGGAUGAGCAUUGCAGCAAUUGCCCAUGGAGGAGGUAACCAGUUGUUAUUUCGUUUGUGAGCCUCCUGAAAAAGACAUUGCGUACCACCACAUAUCAGACCAGAAUCAGGCAUGAUUCACCGGAAGGAGUGAAACUAAAGAAACAGGAACAAGGUAAGAACAUAAAGCCCAUGCGCAGAAAUCGUCCAAAUGAAUCAUAGUCUGGAUCACAAGAAGUCCAGAAGAAUAGUCUCAAAACUAUAUUAGAACGUCCAGAUAUUGAAAUCACUACAUAUAUUGACUGAAUUCUGAAAGUUGUGAUAAUGAAUUUUGAAUUUACG